AUGGCCUUUCCCCUCCCGCGGGGCAUCACGCCCCCGGAGAUCUCGUUUCUUGCCGAGAUGGAGCUGGUCACCAUUCUUCCGCGACAACGCUUGGAAGGCCUGGACCUGUUAGGUGGCCCUGUCGAUCCUCUCCUCCCUCCCCGCCGUGCCUCCCUUCCCCUCUGGCUCGCCCUACUACUUAAACGCCAACGACGCGCAAAUAUUCUCCCUCCUCCCUGGCUCCAUCCCGAGUCUCUAUCGCUCAUUCUCGACAUCGAGACUCAACAUCAGGACUAUCAACAUGCGUUUUCCCCUCCGCCGCCGCUCCCCGGCCAGCCAGGUCUCGGCGACCGCGCCCAGCAAAGGCCCAUAGCAACCCCUCAAUAUACCCCCGACGGACACCGGUAUUACCCAUCGUCGCCAUUUCUGCCUCAGAAUGUAGCACAGGAUCAUGUCUCGGCUGGAGUGCCGCCGUCAUUGCCGUUUCACUGGCUGGAGAUGGGAACGAUGCUCCUCGACGCGGCGAGCGACGAUCUAGUGGAGCCGGACCAAAUUCGGCGGUUCCUGAAGGAAUUACGGGAAGUGCGUACGGCGAAGAUCAGAUCCGGCGUGGAUGUAUUGGACGCUGCUGCAACGGGGGGAGGCGGGGUGACCCUGACGGGCGUUGGGGCGAUGGAGCUCAGCGAGGGGCGAGGGUUCAUUGCCGGUGUCGUAGAUGGACUAAGACGGAUCGGUGCGUCAAAAGAACAAGCACGACGAGAGCAGAUGGCGGAAGAUAUGGCAAACGGCGGAUAUGACGCGACACAAGACGACGACAUGGAAUUUUGA